GGCUGCGGAGUCCAGAUGAACAAAGUCGGUGAAGUCAAUGUUCCCAAAACCGAAGAAGAGUUCACCAACGAAGAUUGCAAAAAGAUGGAGCUCAACGCCAAGGCAAUAAACAUGAUUUAUUGCGGUGUUAACGCGGAUGACUACCGCAAAACAAAUGUGGGAGAAAUUGGAGGUCACCUACGAAGGAACCGCGCAGGUUCGGGAGGCCAAAAUUGACCAUCUCACUCACAAGUAUGAACUCUUUUCAAUGAAGGAAAAUGAGAAGAUUGAGGAAAUGUUUGAGAGAUUCUCUAACAUCAUCAAUCCCCUCAAUCUUCUCGGGAAGACAUACACCGACCGAGAGUUAGUGAGAAAGGUGCUGCGAAGCCUAUCCCCCAAAUGGCGUUCAAAGGUGGACGCAAUCGAAGAAGGUCGUGACUUCCAAACAACGACCUAUGAUGCUCUUCGAGGUAAUCUUAUUACCUACGAAACCACCCAACUCUCAAAGGUGGUUGAAGAGAGGAACAAGAGGUCUAUUGCUCUACCCGCAAGAACAUCAACCCACAACAACGUUGAUGAUGAAGAUGAUGACAGCGACGACACCGACCUCGGACUCUUUGUCCGAAAAUUCAAGAAGAUGAUGCUCAAGAAGGGAACCAAGAAGAACACUCCACCCAAAUGCUAUGGGUGUGGUGAAAUUGGACACAUCAAACCAAUGUGCCCAAAGCUCAAGAACGAGAAGGACAAGAAGGCACCGAAGAAGCAGCGUGCCUACAUUUCUUGAGAGAACGAUGGCUCUGGGAGUGAAGACUCGGAAACGGAAGAAGUGGCCAACUUGUGUCUCAUGGCCAUUGAAGAUGGUGAUACAUCAAAAGAGGUCACAUUGCACCCGUGUGCUUCACCAAAAUUAGGCAUUUUCAACAAACGCACACACAUCGCACAUAUGCUAACCAAAAAGGACCCAACAAUACAUGGGUACCUAAACCGUCUCCUUGAUAUCUUUUUGUAGGUGUGCUUGAAGGCUUCGAGUACCUCUUGGUAUCUCGAUAGCGGAUGCUCCAAGCACAUGACCGGAGACGCAUCCAAAUUUAGGAGUUUAGAGUAUUUCAAAGGUGGCAAUGUCGUUUUUGGUGACAACAACAAAGGAAGAAUCAUUGG